UAGUAAGUGUACGACUGCUGCACGAUAAUUGUGUAGUAAGUGUACGACUGCUGCACGAUAAUUGUGUAGUAAGUGUACGACUGCUGCACGAUAAUUGUGUAGUAAGUGUACGACUGCUGCACGAUAAUUGUGUAGUAAGUGUACGACUGCUGCAACGUUUAGAAUCAUUCAGUAUCGGCUUAGCUCUCCCCGCGUACGUAUGUACUUGUACAUGUUGAAGGAAUGCUCUCAUAAUCCAUGCUGAAAGUGGCUAGACGUUUGGGAAUCUCACAGUGGAUGCAACAAAACACGAAAACAUAAAAAACAAAAGUAUAGAGAAUACAACUUUAAUACACCCAUAUUAAAGUAAAAAUUACUUUGAAAGUUUUAAGUGGAAUGUAACCGGGACUAUAAAGUACACCCACUCCACCCACCACACCCUCUCCACCCUCUCAACCACUGCACCCACUGAGCCCUCUCCACCCACUGCACCCACCCCACCCUCUCCACCAUUCCACCCUCUCCGCCCCUUGCUCCAGUUCAUUUUUUUCUUUCUGUUCUGUUCUUUGUUAGUCACUUCUCUAACACCUUGGUUUUCACAGGAUCGAUGACCAGAUUGAGUCAUUUUAUAACUACCCGGACCUCAAUCUGGGAACGAAUCCCGUAGGUCGCUGUUCUUGUACAUCACCCGUCCCGGGUCUUCCAACUCAAAACGUGGACUGCACUAACGUGCCCCCUCCACAGUGUGACUCCUUGGACCCCGAGGUGACGAGCCAGUACUGUACACAGCUGUCUGAACCCUCAUCCGGACAGAGAAGGAGACAGACUGAUUUGGAUGAGAGUUUGAAUUUUGACGAUAUCAAGCACAUUCUGCCGACGUAUCCAGAUGCUGAAUUUGCGAAUCUCGAGUGGACCAAUGGCUGGAACCUGGAGAAAGCUACGGACUUCUGCUCUCAGUUUUUCCGCAGAUCGCCCAUGUUUCUUCCCUGCUCCAAGGUCAACAACCUUGAUCUGGACAACCUUUUGGAGUUCUGCGUCUCCGAUAUUCUGCUGUUCGGUACUACCGAAUGGGCCAUCGCUACACUUGAGCUGUAUAAGCUACAAUGUGCAGUCGAAGUCCGCCGAAAUACAACCUUAUGGAGAGCAGAAGGUGGUCAGCUAUCCGUGUUUCACCAAGUGAUGCAUGCCAAUUGUCCAAACGAAUGUUCUUUCCACGGCACUUGUGUUCAGGGUGAAUGCCAGUGUGAAGCAGACCGGAUCGGGGACGACUGUAAUAUUGACCGCAACACACCACCAGCUGUAACGGGUCUGCCAAGAAGGGGUCUGUGUGACUUGCGCAACCGGAAGUGCGACCGCACUCUGGUGUACGGCACACAAUUUGCUCGCUCUGACACCCUUACCUGCAAAUUUGUACAAGUCUUGUUUAAGAACAGAAGGACAAUCUUGGUGAAAGACAACACGUUCAUCACGAAGGCAUCUUUCCGCCAUUCCGGUGAGAUUGUGUGCUCGCUGCCACGAGAUGCUCCAGAUGGCACAAAUCAGAAGGGCGUUCCGUUUGGUUAUUAUGUGUCAGUGAGCAACAACAACAACGUGUACGGAGAAGCCCAAAUAUUCCUGCCUUUCAAUUCCGAAGAUUUCAACUGUGUGAUCCACGACGGUUGUGCAAGUUGUAGAAAGGUCAAGAAGCCUAAGAUCAAGAAGCCUAAGAUCAAGAAGCCUAAGAUCAAGAAGCCUAAGAUCAAGAAGCCGAAUGUUCCACGCAAGAAUAGCAUCCCCUAUCCGGCGUGGGUGGCCAAAGUGUGUGGAAAGAAAAACACAUUGACCAGACACCCUGGGAAAGGCUGGAGCCAGAAGUGGAAGAGCUGGCGGUGUUCCCGUGCGCGCUGGAUGGCCAUUACUAGGAAGUACUAGCAUAGUCUUUAAUGCAUGAGAAGGGAGUGUACCCACAUCGCUAUGCUUGAAUGGAAACUAACAACAAAUCAAAUUCAUAAUGAAAACUCGGAAAUGAUUUAUUCCAGAUACGUCUAAUAAUCCAAAAGGCUAUUAAAAUCUUGUCGCUUUUUCGAAUUCUUA